AUGUCGCCAAUCAGAGAUAGAUCCUUCACUGAAUUCGAACUUCGAAGGCUCAGGGAAAUGCAGGAGAUCACAUACGGCAAUUUUUCCAUCAGCAGACACCGCACCGUCGGCCCAUCGUUCAUGUCCUCCAAGAACUGGAAUCACAGCAAGAUGCAGGAUGUGACCUGUCCAGACUUCACGACGAUGUUGGACAAGCCCACAGGGACGACCAACAUCGCAGACAGGACGUACAGGAGGCCUGAUCAGGGGCAGUGGAAGCAUCAGCACAGCAGCGGGGUAUACAACAUGGAGCGGAGCAAGGCGGUGUAUGCUGCUGUGAGGCAGAGGUAUGAGGAGUGCCAUGACAAGAGGAAAGUCGCGUGGUAUGAGGGAGAGGAGAGGGUCGGGUGCCACAGGCCCGAGGGAGGAGCAGAGCAGCCGAUCUGUCGGGAUGAGAGGGGAGAGUUUGCAACCGACGUCUGA